UCGAAUUGAAUACGAACGGCCGUAUUCUUUGAAUAUGGGGUAGGCGAUUGCGGCGGCCGAUAGCCUGACAAACCGGUUUAACGAAUAGACGAUCGAACGAACGUACAAUAUUACCAAUUUAUGUAUAAGAGAUUUAUGAUAUUUUAAGAACUAACUUAUUAUUAAAUCAGAGUUGUUUCUCUUUGUUUGUAAAGUGUGUUUUGAAGUUUUAAUAUAGUUGUGUAUCGCGGCGCUCCAACGAUCCUGAUUUUGGAAUUUUGCUUUGUGCCCACUUAGUAUUUUAGAUAAAACAGACAGAAGUUCGUGUGUAAUCAUCGGCUAUCAGCGGAGAAUUUCUUCACAAAAGAUAACAACCAAUGCAACAAUGCAGAGCACAAGAGACUCCAGUCGAAAGCGCAACAUUAAGAGACGUAGCUCAAGAAAGAAAUCCCUGUCUCCAUCAGAUUUAAAAUGCGUAGAGAAAUCAGAGAAACUGGGGCGGCGAUCCCUAUCAGAAGUCUCGUUGAAAGUGAAACACAGGAAGAGUAACAUACAAAGAACUCUGACACAUCCGAUAUCGUGUUUCGACAAAGUGCCAAUCGAUGUUAGUGCCAUGAAAGUAGAACCCGUCCCGCCGGAAAGUGACGAAUCUCACGUACCUCCGACAAGUAGUGAUAGAGAUACAGAGGACGAUGCGCGCGCGCUACCCAAACCGCCUUCGACCAGACGGCGAUGGGAUUCGGGGAGUGAAAUGGAUUCACUUGUUUCCAUUGCAGUGAGAAAGGCAUCGGCACGACGACGCCGAACGUCCGCUAACCCAGAUUGGGGCGUCAACAGUGAGCCGGGCGAAGUGAGUGAACCUGAGGCCGGUCGCAUGCGUCCCGAGGACUACCGCCUUGUGUUCCUGAGCUCGGAUUCGUCGUGCCGUGAGGACACGGAAGACUCUGCCUCCACUGCGUCCUCCGCCGCGCCCCCCGUGGCCGACGACUGCGACUGGGACUACUUCGAGCCCGGCGCGGCGGCGGCUCAGCCUCCACCGUUACAACCGCCCCCCCAACAUACACCACAAGACUGCCAACGCGCCUGCUCUUGCGGCGCUGAACCACGUUUCGUCGCCGUCCCAGUCCCCGUACCUGUGCCAGUCCCAGCUGCUCUUUGGCCCGCCUUACUCGCAUUUACGCCGCAAACUCCGCCGACUCCCCAUUGGAGCACGUACCCCGGUUUCCCACCCCUCGAUGCCGCCGCUCUCGCACGCAUCACAACGGCCGCCGCCGUUGCCGUCACCGCAGCCGCCACCGCUAACGCUUUACCUCGAAAUCGGCUUGAGAUGACCAUCGAAAAGACUGAUAAAGCCAUACAGUCCGAGACGCAAUCAGUCGAACUCGGCGAUAACGAUAAGAGCGAUAACAAUAUCGACGCAGUUCAACAUGAAACGUCAGACGGUAUAAAAGUGAUCGCAGAGGACGACUGUCUUUCGGUUUUGUCAGAAGGCACAGAAGCUAUGCCUGAUCAUCUGGACGCUGAAAAAGCUUUCCCUUCGUCAAAUGAGUCAGCCCAAUCUAGUGAUUCUGAGAAGGGCGUUGCGCGCAGGAGCUAUGACCUAAGAAGCGCCGCCCCGGAGGAGCCCCCUACGUCGGACGAAGACUCCGAUGACUCCGGCGGCGGAGGCGGCCAGUUUUCAAGAGUGUUUGUUGUUAAUCCUACUUCUUCAUCUUCAGAAAACGAAGAAAACGCUGACAGUAGUGGCAUUGACUGUGACGACUCUUAUGACAAAAAAUCUGACAGCUUAGAAAUGGUAGCUAUGGAGCUAGCGUUACAAAACGAUAUUAACCUGCACGAUUAUCAGGAGGAUUCUUGUUCUAACAAUAAUGUGGUCGUACUUCAAUCUCUUAAUUUUACUGAAGAAUAUUCCGUUUAUCCGAUUCAGAACAAAAGAAUUUUCGACAAUGAAAACCAACAAAUUUCAAAUUUCAGUGAUACAAAUAUGCUCUCGAGUGAAACCAAUGAAAAAUAUAACAGUUUUAUUGAAGCAAGUAGUGAUAAGGAUCUAAACAGUUUCGAUUCAUUAAAUCAAAAUUCACAAAGUGGAAAUUCCUCAGAUGUUAUUGAGUGCGAUUCUUUGGACAAUUCAUUUAACUUCGAUUGCAAUAUUAAAGUUUCGGAAGACUUAAAUACGGAAUCCUGUAAUAAUAACGCGGAAUUAAUAUCAAGCCCCACGACAAUACCGAGCGCAAUAAUACCAGAACCGGUUCCUUCGCCGGAACCUGCCUUCGAAAACUCAAAUAAAUCAUCAUUGCCGCCCGUACAAAAAAUUGAUUUGUUUAAAGGUAUUGAACGUACGCUUAGUGAAUUAUUGAAGAAAGAAUUAAUGGAGGGCCGCGGUGAGGAGAAAAUGCACAUUUCGCGGCCGGUUUGCGUUGAGACGGAGAGGGGCGCGGGCGCACCUGUGGAGAAUACAGUUUGCCGCUCGCGCACGGCCGGUGUGGACGGGUCCGCGCGUUUCACUAGCCGCGUUAUGAUAACGCACGAUCGUGUCUCCGUAGUCACGUCAGACACGACGCGGCUAAUGCAAGAUAUCACAGUGCACCACACAAAUUUAGACAACGAACCAGACCCUAACGCAAGUGCACAACAAAACGAAAUUAACGAACGAUUAUCCGACGACGAAUCGGCGCAACCUUCAGCUGGAGUGACUGUUGUUAGUAACGCCGACACUCUCUCUGCAGUUGUGUGCCUCGAGGACGGACUCGCGGAUGAUGAUUCUUGGGUCGACGACGUCAGCCAUGACGAUGAGGAAGCCACCUCUCAGUCAGAUUCUGAUUCAGGGGAUGAAGCGAGCUUACCUGCCCGGGCAGAUGAUUUCGCAUAUUGUAGGCGUUCCAUAGACUUCACAUUACAUACAAUAGUAGAAGAAAGUUGUGAAGAAAGCGAGACUGAGGCCACAACAAAGAAGCCACGUCCUUUAUCAACAACGGAGCUCGAAAAGUAUUUUUUCUUUGGAUUAGGUGACGGAAAAAAUAUUCGGGAUGAAGAUGACCAUGUAUCGGACACCUCUAGUGUGUGUAGUGAGGACGGUGAAUCAAUAGUUGAUAGUGAACAACAACCCAGACAAAGUGGCGAUAGUGAUGAGCUUGUGACCUCUAGGUUAGAAAAAUAUUUUUUGUCCGGUUUUAUGGGUUUCAACCAGGAACGAAGGGAUUCAGAUGGCUCAGGAAGUGUGGGAAGUGACAGUGAAGGAAAACAGAGCCCGGAGCAACGACGAAAACGCCUAGUUCGUGCUCGAGGUACACCGCGGUCACAUUCUUCAUCUUUAGACAACUUACUCGCCGGUGAGGAACCAUCACAAGAAAACCAAGAAAUUUCAGGUGGCUCAAGCACAGAAUCCGAUAACUGCAAUGAGUCACUGGAGCGAUUGGAUUUGUCAAGUGAAACGAAACGUAAAAAACAAAAUAAAAAGCUGCGAAGUUCGCCCGCUGAUGAACGGCGUCAGUCUAUGGAAUUUCCUGAAGAAACCCGUGAUGAUACGCGGUCAGUCUCAGAAGGAGAGGAUGGCCGUUCAAGCCCACGACCAGAGUUCCCACCUCUUGGAUCAGAACUUUCUGAAUCAAAAAAACAAACUAGUCGUGAUAGCGGGUUUGUUGGCAGCUGCGACGAUUUAUUAAGAAAUGGCGAUUCAAGUUCUGAUUUUACAAAAUCUCACGAACCUAAAACCGAAUUAGAAGAAAUAAUAGAAGAGGUAAGACCCGAUACAGAUGAACGCAUAGAAAGAACACCCUCGUCAGGCCCUCCACCGAGUCCACUUUCAAGGAAAGAUAGUUUUAACAACUGGUCUUCAGAUGAAGAAACAAAUUUGAUGAUGACUAAAAUGAGACAGUUCUUCAAGCAAAUGAUUAAUUCUACCAACGUACGAACAUCUACACCGGCCUCUUCGAACCCUGAAAGUCCUAAACCACCGAAACCACCGCAGUUACUUUACUUUGAAACUGAACUAACGAGAUUAAUGAAAACAGUUCCUGGAAUCAGAGAUGAAGAGGUGCGAGAAAUAGUGGAGUAUUUAUCAAGCGAGGAUACGUGGAGUGACUCCUACGACUCAUCAGAUUAUGCCGGGUCUGACUUGGAGGUGUCGGCAAAUCGAUCAGCUUUGAGGAAACAGAUAUCAGAUAGUUGUCGCGAAAUAAUUGACGAAUUUGAUAAAGGCAACAGUGAACAGGGUUCUCUUGAACGUGACGCCGUCGGUGCAUACCAGAGAUUGGCUGCAACUCUAGGUCGUGUGGGUGACGGAUCCCCACCUUUAUUUGGUAAAGUGAUGCGGCAUAUAGGCGGCAGGCUAGUGGCAUUGAUGCACGAGGUGUCGGCGGGCGCAUCGCCAACCACGGAUGACGAUAGUGCAUCUGAACCGGGAGCGCUGGCACGAAGUCGAUCUCAUGAUAUUCUAGAACAGACUGCAAGUAGGGCUAGUGUCGCGAGUGAUAGUGAAAGAUUUUCGUGGCGUGGUAGCUUUGAGUCAGCAUUAUUGGCGGCUGACUCAAGAGGCACAUUAGGGGGAGGUGGUUGUGAGACGAGGCGGUCCCCGGCCGGGGCUGAUUUAGCCGCUCUCAAAACACACUCGAGAAGCUGUGGAGCGAUAAGUGGUAGCGAAGACCGUUUAUGGCGAGGACGGCGAAGGGCCUCCGCUCCAGAUGCUGAGUCUGAAGAGGAGCAAAGGGCAGGGUCGCUGCCACGGCUGCCAUCAAUAAACGGGGCUACCCCAAUCCCUGUGGGCCCUGUGAAGUCCGCCAGAUAUCGUGCUCCAGGAUUCAGAACAGCCACCAGAGCGGCUUCAGCCCCAGGUCUUCAUGCACCUAGAAGAAGACGACCUCUACCAACACCUCAACAACCACCUCCAGCUGCUCCAGCAUCCGCCCCAAGUCUACAAGAUGAAGUAUACAUGUCGGAUAACCUGUCUCCUGGCCAUGCAACCCUGCCAAGAAGAUCCAGCUCGCCCUUGCCACAUGAUGCUGACAGAGACAGGUUUUCACUCAACAGGAGUGGGCUACAGAAUCGAUCUGAAUCCAUGGCAUCCGUCUACUCGGGUGCAGGGGAAGGUCUACGUGGAAGUGUGACUGUGAAAGGAGAAGUUCAGUUUUCACUUCUGUACAACUACAGAUUAGGUGCUUUGGAGGUUGGAGUGAAGAGAUGUCGUGAUCUCGCCCCCAUAGAUGUCAAACGGAACCGGUCUGAUCCUUAUGUCAAGGUGUACUUGUUGCCGGACAAGUCGAAAGCUGGCAAGAGGAAGACGAAGGUGAAGAAGAACACCCUGAACCCCGUGUUCGAGGAGACCCUCUCGUUCGCGCAACCGCUCGCCUCGCUGUCUUCGCGGACACUGUGGCUGAGUGUGUGGCAUGCGGACAUGUUCGGCCGGAACGACUUCCUUGGUGAGGUCUCUCUGCCGCUGGCCGACGUCGUGUUCGACGACCCCGCGCCUAUGUGGUACCGCCUGCAUGAGAGGACCGAACAGUUUGAUGAGCAGCAAGGCACCCGAGGUGACAUCAUAAUAGGGUUGAAGUUUGAAUUACAAGAGGCAAGUGCAAGGGGCAAGGGUACUCUUCAUGUACUUGUAAAGGAAGCUAAGAAUCUCGUAGCUACCAAACCCAGUGGACUGACAGAUGUUUUUUGCAAAAGCUAUCUGCUACCAGAGCGUGGACGACUCGCGAAACAAAAGACAGGCGUGGCGCGACGAACAUUAAAUCCACGGUGGGAACACACCUUUACUUACCGCGGCCUUACUCUACAGGAUGUGGCCUCCCGGGCCCUGGAACUCAGUUUGUGGGACCGAGACCGGCUGGCCUCAAAUGAUUUCAUGGGUGCUGUUAGGCUCUCACUAGGAACAGGAACCUACAUGGGGGCAAGUGUUAACUGGAUGGAUAGUGUCGGUAAAGAAGUCAGUUUGUGGCAGACCAUGAUGCAGCGUCCUAACUUCUGGGUCGAAGGAUGCCUCCCUCUAAGACCACAGCUUAACAACAAUAACUAAUCAUUUAUAAUGGAAAUUGCCCCAAUUGUCUAUUUAUAAUACUGUAAACCAACGAAUUCUAGGACCAAGUUAUACUUAAUAAUCUUUCGGAGCAAUAAAGUGCCAAUUAACAAUUUCUAAUGCAAAUUUCAUUACAUUCCGGUAUUGCGAUGUUUAGUUUAAACGCCUGCUAGAUUAAGUUAUAAUUUACGCAUUUAAAAUAAGACUUGUACAAAUUUGAAACACGAAAUCGUCGUGGCUAUUGUGAUUUAAUUAUUUUACUAAAGCCUAGAUUUUAUUGUAAGUUUGUGGACAUUUUAGUGUUAAACUGUUUUAUAACACGAUAAGAUUUAUUUUAAGAAGGCAAUUGUUUGUGCCUUUUAUUUUAUAAAUACAUCUAUUUUUUAGAAAAUAAUGUAAAAGACGAU